GUGAGUGACGCACGUGCAAAGGGCUCGCGGCCGGCCGUUACGGAAAAAGUUCAAUUACGUGUAGUGAUUGUGACGUAUACAUCUUUACACAAACUACCAUCUCAACUAAAAUCUCCUUAUAAAUUUCUACAUAAAAAGUUAUAAGCAAGAGUUCUUGUUUCAAAUAUGUCGCGGUAUUAUCUAUGGGCGGUUUGCGCGGUAAUUUUGACAACUCGUUGUGGCGCCAACUACUGCCGAGACGUCAACCUUUGCUGUCCAGGGCGUGACAGCUCCUGUGUUGUUCAGAAAACUCAUCAAAAUGCAAUAAUAGAAGACCUCACAGAUAAACCGUGUUAUUGUGAUCACGCUUGUAUGAAACUGGGAGAUUGUUGUCCUGAUUUCCGAGAAACUUGUGGAGUAUUGGACUGCGUGGUCUCAAGCUGGGGUGACUGGUCAGAAUGUGACACAGCCUGUGGCUCUGGAAGUAUGGUGAGGAGCAGAACAGUCUUACAAGCGGCUGCGCACGGUGGACGGCACUGUCCAUCGCUGAUCCAACGGAGAGCUUGCCAGGCUCAUCAUGGAUGCACUGAAGAUAGUGACGUACCUUUGAGAGAGGAAACAGCAAUGAUUCUACCGGGUGUGCUGUCUAUGAGUCGUCACUCCAAUGACACGGUGGAUAUCAGAAAGAACCUUCGAUUACGAAACCCUGAUGAUCCUGAGUCCAAUUCACACAGAGAGUACUGCCUUCAGUUCGAAGUGUUGAAAGUUUCAAAAGCGUGUCACACCGACUCCGAUUACAAAGCUUUACGAGAAGGUAACACUAUAUGUGUGAUGUGUGAAGCCGCAGCCCUCAAACGGGAUCUUAAAUGGCGCUGCAGUGGUCAUGGUGUGUCCGGCCACUCAACCAGAUUUUACGCCUUAGUUGCCCCACACUGUCAUGGCAAGUGGAUCCGUGGGAAGGACAAUCUUGACAAACGUAGCGACUGUUGUACAAAACCCGACUUUAUUUUUGUAUAAAUGCCUCGGUAUUUGACAAUAUUGUUUAAAAAAAAUUGUCUCAAAAUAUGAUUCACGUUUGCUUUGAUCUAUUUUCAUUUGCUGUUUACCAUCAGUUAAAUUCUUCCUUGUUUUGUUAAGAUCAUAAUAAUUGUGUUAAUUUUUAAUUAAAUUUAGUAUAUUCUUUAUAAAAUAAGUGAAAAUGUUAGGUUUGCACCUUAAUUAUUUCGUUUACACUGUAGUUGAAUCAUAAAAUAUGACCAAAAGGAAACGAAGUUGUAAUAAUGUUGAUGACGUAUGUAUACAUUCAAACAACAUAUUUUUAGUAAGUUUAAAAACCUACUUCACGCAGUUUAGGAAGAACAUGUCAUGUAUAAAGUUUAAAAAAGAUAUUCGAAGACACCAAGACGAGGCCAUAGAUGGGUCUGUUAACAAUUGAAACAAUUAAUGAAAUAAAAAUAUUACAAAUUAUAAGCAUUAUACCUAUCCAAUGUUCGUCGUUAUCACUCCAUAAAAAGAAUUAGUGUCUUGAAUCAUAUGUAUUUGUAAUUAUUACAAACGGAUAUAGAUAAAAGGAGGUUGAAUGACGGAAAUUUGUCAUUAAAAACAUUAGAUUCGAUUUCGAAAUUAACGCAGAAAUUCACAGAGCUUAAGAAUAAAAUUUACUUAAAAUAGUUAUAAGUAAUUUUUACGACAUCAAAUAAAUAUUAAAAAGAUAACGAGAUAGUUAUUUGCCCGUUGCUUAUGUCAGGGAAUAACAGGAGAAAACAUCUAAUCCAAGCAUGAAAAACGAAGAAAUUUAUAGGUCAGUUCGAGUCAACAAACCAAACUUAGUUGUAUGCUGAAGGCUGUAUUCCAUAGAAAAUUAAUACUACGAAUUAUUUGCUGCUGGCGAUGCUUCAUAUAGUCAUAGUGUGGUUUCAAUGGUCAUUAGUAAUCCAAUACAUGACCACAAUAUUCUCCAGUCUACCUUCAUUGUACAUGCAAAUUGUCUAUUAAUAUAGUAUUAGUUCCGCAAACUCAUAAUAAAUUAGUUAUAUCUUUUUGCGCUGUAUGAUUAUAAUUAAGCCACUUUUAUAUUAUAUUUACACUUCACUUCCAUUUAUGAUCCAUCGUCAAUGUCGUUUCAAAAGUUUUGGAGAUAAUCAUCAUAAGAUUUUAUUUUCAUAAACAUUAUUGAUAAAAAGUAUUGUUUUGUUAUUUAUGACUAAUAAUCGUAUAAAACAGAUGAUUCAAAUUCAUUUAAUCCACACAAACUCAGCUGAAAUUAACCGACCCCCAAAUUUUCUUUAAAAAGAAUAUUAUUCCAUUCUGUAAUAAAAUAAUAUUUUUAGAUUAGAAACACAGUUUGUAUAUAAUAUCAGCCAAGAGCACUUCUCGGCUGCAUUUCAGCGAGCAAUAACCUCAAACCUAAUUAUUAUAUGAGUAUAAGCAUUCGGUACUCAUUCUUGGCGCCAAAAACAUAAUUUUACGGCGCUUCUAACAUAUUGUAUAUCACCGUGUAAUGGAGUCCUUGUACUCGACAGUAUCAUAAAAUUAUUUUAUUGUAAGGGGCUUCGGCUAUAAAGUGUUGUACCAGAUUGUAGGGUUAUUAGUUUCGAUGCAAUACAAAGGCAUAUAUUUUUCAUUUUUUAAAUUAAUGAACUAAUGGCUAAAUUAAUGACCUCAAAACAAUAUUUUUAUUUGAUGCAAUCACAUUUGACCUUCAAAUGACAUUCGUGUAAUCAAACAUUUGAGUCGAUCUAAAAGGUACUAAAGUUAAAGUGAACGUCAAAAUCAUUUAUUCAUCUAGGUAACACAAUGUACACUUAUGAACUUCAAACAAGAAAUACAUAAUAAAUGCUUAUAAUUUUACAUUUACUGCCAGUUCUCAAU